GUGUGUGUCGAGUCGAAAACGCUGCGCUGGAGUCUAGGAGACAUCUCGCGGCUGCAAGGAUUCCCCUGUUUGCUCUUGGAGAGGAUAACGCGCCGACGGGGUUUUAACCACCACGGGGGAUUAACUGUUACUCACACAGGAAACACCGGGGGCUCAAGAAAAGCUUUCCUCUCGCCGUUGCUUCACCCGCUUUCCGUGCCGUACCUGGCAGACGCUCAACAGCAGUGGCGAUCUGACAACGCCGCUUGAGGAAGCGUGGAGGACCAUGCGGUCGCUAGGAGAUGACGCGGCGCCGAUGACGAGCAAUUGACGAUGCGGCUGCUCAACCACAGUUGAAUCAUGGGAAAUGUAGAAAGUCAGAAUGGGGACAGUGGUUUCUACGGCGACGUGACGGGACAUCUCUCCCGCAAGCACGCGUCCCGGUCGCUCCGCAUCUCGAGCAAGCAGCCAGUCGUCCGGCGCUCCCGCCAUUCCUCUUCAGUGAAACAGGACCACAGGAACUCUGGUGCCUCGACGCGCUCCUCGAGCACGCCGAGCAUCCCGCAGUCCUUGGCGGAGAACGGACUGGAGCCCUUUAACGCCUCGGAUGCGUUCGGGGAGUUCGGCGUCAACCCUCACUGGACGCAGCGCGUCGCUAUGACGAUGAGGCCGGAGUCCUAUCAACAAGACGGCGACGCGUUGGCCACGCCGACUCCCGAAACCUCCGAGGCGGACACCGUUGCCCACGCUGGAGUCUCAGCUGCAAGGGCAUCGUCUCUGGACCAUCUGUGCAGCCAGCAGAGUCCUGGCCUCCGGGGGCAGAGGAGCCGCUACGCGAAGAACCGGAGAGAAGCCCAAUGCGAUGGAGGCGGAGGACGGGAGGAGGGGCCGACGUCUCCAGCCGAGGAGGACGGCGGCGGGUACGGAGCGUUCACGCUCCCCUGCCGGCGCUCCCACUGCCUGUCGGAGGGCUUGUCGGGGCUCGGGAUCCCCGCUGCACCGUACCCUGCCUUCCAGGGACGGCGUGCACAAACCACUCAGGACAUCUCGGGUGUUUUGGGCGAGGGGAGCGAGUACGGCGACAGUGGCAUCGAUGGCGUCACCGCGGAGAUCGACGGGGAGCUGGUGUCGCGGCGCUGCAAGGCCAUGUCCGCCUCCUUCUCCGUGUACUCGGCCACCGAGAGCAGCCUUUUCAACGGGAGCGAUAGCGGGAGCAGCAGCGCGGGAGGAGGGGAAGGACGAGCCGGCGAGGCAGGCCGGGGAGGAGUGUAUGAGAAUUUCCGGAAGGAGCUGGACAAUCAAGCCUGGACACAUCAGGAGGAGGCCGGCUCCGCUGUGAGUGACGAGCGGAGCAGCUGCACCCUCAGCAGCGCGUAUCCAUCGGACUCUCUGAUUGGCUGUGCGCAGGGCAUCGUCCGGAAAGCCGGAGCUCUGGCUGUCAAGAACUUCUUGAUUCACAAGAAGAACAAGAAGGUGGAACCGGCAACGAGGCGCAAGUGGAAACACUACUGGGUCUCUUUGAAAGGCUGCACUCUGUUUCUGUACGAGUCGGACGGUCGUUCCGGGAUCGACCACAACAGCGUUCCCAAGCAUGCGUUGUGGGUGGAGAACAGCAUCGUCCAGGCCGUCCCUGAACACCCCAAGAAAGACUUUGUCUUCUGCCUCAGCAACUCAGUGGGAGACGCUUUCCUCUUCCAGACGUCAGGCCAGACGGAACUGGAGAACUGGAUCACGGCGAUCCACUCUGCGUGCGCCGCCGCUCUGGCCAGGCAGCACCACAGGGAGGACACGGUGAGGCUGCUGCGAACGGAGGUCCGUAAACUGGAGCAGAAGAUCGACAUGGACGAGAAGAUGAAGAAGAUGGGAGACAUGCAGCUGUCGACCGUCACCGACGCGAAGAAGAGGAAGACCAUUCUGGAGCAGAUCUUCCUGUGGGAGCAGAACUUGGAGCGCUUUCACAUGGAUCUGUUUCGCUGCCGGUGCUACCUGGCCAGUCUGCAGGGCGGCGAACCCCCCAAUCCCAAACGCCUGCUGGGCUUUGCGUCGCGUCCCACCAAGCUGGCCAUGGGACGACUGGGCAUCUUCUCUGUCUCUUCCUUCCACGCCCUGGUGUCAGCCCGCACAGAGAGCGGCAUCAGGAGGCGGAACCAGGCCACGCCGCGCACCUUCAGUAAACGUCGUAGCCGCUUCUCAUCCCUCUGGGGGCUGGACACCACCUCGAAGAGGAAGACCAAGGGACAUCCUUCAAUCAACCAGGUCUUCGUUGAUGGGAUGGAGCCGGUGAGAAAGCCACUGGAGCUCAUGUUUGAAGACUCCGCCAGUGAGAAAUCUAAGGACAGAGAGGGCUCUGUGAAAAAUGUUCCUCAGCAAAACGUAGACGGCGACAUUUGGGUUCCUGAUUACCUGACUCCCUCCUGGGUGUGUCUGCCCAACAAUCGGCCUGUGUUGGCCAUCAUCCAGCCCGGCGAGACGACGCUGGAAGUCCUGAGCAACGUCUGCAAGGCCCAUAAAGUAGACCCCUCCGGCCACUAUCUGCGUCUGAAGAUAUGGAUGGACAACCAAAUGCUCUUUUAUGUUCCCAAAGUUGAAGAGGACAUCUCCGAUCUGGUCUACAAAGAAAUUGAGGUUUGCACCAAAGCUACCAAGGUGAUCCGGUUCAACAAAGAAGAGUCCUGCACCAUUGGAUUUGGGUUUUCUGUGGCAGUUAUAGACGAGGAGGGGAUGCAGCAGCUCCACAUUACCGAAGUGAAAGCGGAGGGACUGGCCUCGGCUAAAGGUUUGAAAGCGGGCGACGAGAUUCUGCUGCUGAACGGUAAACCGGCCUCCGCCCUCCAAAUGGACGACAUGAGGGCCGCGUUUGUAAAGCAAGCGCUGAACUUGAGCGUCAGCACCCUGCCGCAGCUGGACCCUCGGGUGCUGUGCCCGCUUCCACCGCGACGCUCCGACGGGGAUCAGGACCCGGCCACGGACAUCUUCUCCCAGAGCCAAGAGGACAUCCUGGACGAGGUGUCGGGGUUGACGGUGGAGAGCCCAGAGGACGGGUCUCGCCUGACCCUGCAGAGCCCGAGAGGUCACCAGGAAGAGCAAACGUGCACGGCGACUGGACAAAAGAGCUCAGAGCCGGUCGCUGCUUUCUGCCGCGGUCUCCAUGACAUGAAUCCCCCGGAGUGCCCCAUGUCAUCCUCGUCAUCGUCGUCCUCGUCAUCCCUCCCCCCAAGCCCCGUGUCGGCUCUCACGCCCGCAGCCGGCGUCGCCGCCCAGAGACAGCUCUCCCACGCGGACAAGCUACGCAAGGUCAUCAAUGAACUCGUGGAGACGGAGAGGACCUACGUCAAAGACCUGAGCUGCCUCAUCGAGUGCUACUUGACACCUUUGCAGAAGGAGCGCUUCCUGUCACAGGAUGAGCUGGACGUCUUGUUCGGUAACCUCGGGGAGAUGGUGGAGUUCCAGGUGGAGUUUCUCCGGACACUGGAAGAUGGGAUCCGACUGGUGCCCGACCUGGACAGACUGGAAAGGGUGGAGCAGUUUAAGAAGGUGCUGUUCUCCUUGGGAGGUUCGUUCCUGUAUUACGCCGAUCGCUUCAAGCUCUACAGCGCCUUCUGCGCCAGCCACACCAAGGUCCCCAAGGUGCUGGCUAAAGCGAAAACCGACCCAGAUUUCAAGGCUUUCCUGGCCGAGAGGAACCCCAGACAGCAGCAUUCCUCCACUUUGGAGUCUUACUUGAUCAAACCCAUCCAGAGGGUCCUGAAGUACCCACUGCUGCUCAGGGAGCUCCACUCUCUCACCGACCCGGACAGCGAUGAACACUACCACCUGGACGUUGCAAUGAAGGCCAUGAAUAAAGUUGCGAGCCACAUCAAUGAGAUGCAAAAGCUCCACGAGGAGUACGGAGCGGUUUUCGAUCAGCUCAUCAAUGACCAGACUGCGGAUAAAAAAGAGGUGGCGGACCUCUCGAUGGGAGAUCUGUUGCUCCACGCCACUGUGGUGUGGAUCAACCCGCCAGGCUUUUUGGUCAAGGGCAAAAAGGACCCGGAUAUGGCUGCCUUUGUGUUCAAAACAGCAGUUGUGUUUGUGUACAAAGACAGCUCCAAGCACAGGAAGAAAAUCAGCGUAUCUCACCGAGCAUCUAUGAACGAUGACAAGGAUCCUUUCCGUUUCCGUCACAUGAUCGCAACGGACUCUCUCCAAGUCCGUGCUCUCGCAAACUCCGAGGGAACAUCGGUGUGUGAGAUCGUUCACACACGAUCGGAAUCUGAAGGAAGACCAGAGAGGAACUUCCAGUUGUGCUGCAGCUCUCCAGAAAGUAAGAAGGACUUCCUGAAAGCGGUCCACUCCAUUCUUCGGGAGAAGCAGCGGCGCCAGCUCCUGAACACGGAGUCUCUGCCCCCCAACAAGCAGUACGUCCCGUUCGGGGGCAAACGUCUCUGCGCCCUCAAAGGGGCGCGGCCCGCCAUGAACCGAGCAGCGUCGGCUCCGUCGCGAACACUGCCCCGCAGGAAACUGGCGAGGAAGCGCUUCACCAUCGACACCGACCUGGUCUUCCACGGCAACAACAACAACAACGCCGACGCCGCCCACCCGUCGUCCUACCCGCCGCUCUCCCAGCAUGCUCUCCCUCAAGCCAACAAACCUCAAGGAGAGGACACGGACCGCUGGGUGGAGGAGCAGUUUGACCUGGGCUGCUACGAAGACCAGGGCGAGGGCCUCGACGCGGGCCAGGUGAAGGAGACGGACAUUUUGAGCGACGACGACGAGUACUGCAAGUCGGUCCGAGCCGCUUCGGCAGAACCGGCCGACGCCGAGGGGAGGACGGAGGGACUCGACCUUCGGGCCGCUGAGGCGAGGAGCCGCGACCCGAACGGACGAGCGGAGUCCGGAAGCGAGAUCAUGCUGAGCGUCACGCCGGAGGAGGUCGACCGGAUGAAGCGCCAUGACGGCGACGACGACUCGGGCUUGGUGGACUCCUUCGCCUCUUUGUCUCGCCGUGCCGCCCCGGCUCUAAAGCUCGCCCCCUCGACGCAAUGCGCCGCGGAGGGCGCCGCGAAUAACGACCGUGACGUCAUCUGGGUGCGGCGGGACGACUUUGGGAACAGCGACGUCUUCUGAUUGGAAAUCGCAGAAAAAGGGGGAUGACGAAGGGCGGCUGCUUCCACUUUUUACAUAAAGGAGGCGGGCGAGACAGUUGGAACGAUUAGUUACACGCUUUAAAGAUGUAGAAUGUAGAGGUAUUCGUGUAGAGAAGGUAUUCAGCCUCAGCCUCCUCUUCCCACCUCACCUGCACCUCCGUGGUACUGACCAUCCUAAAGUACGGGGAAGUAACAAUAUUCUCAUCCUGAAAUGCUUCGACGGGAAGCCGAAAGAAUACAUGGUCCUCACCGUUUAUGACACGCACCCCGGGCAACACACACACCUGUGGAAUUGUAUGUGAACAUAUGAACACAACAACACUGCAUGUGCACGCAAGUACACAAGUAAUUGUGUGUGUGUGUGUGUAUACUGUAAGUGCACAAAGUACACAAGAACACGGACGCUAUAGAUGGCCCCUGUGCACACGUUGAACUGAAGAGACGUCGUCACUGAACCUUGUGGCUUAAAUGUCUAUUUUUCAACACAGGAUUGUGGGUGUUCUAUUUUUCUGACUCAGAAACUGUGUUUGUAUUUUAACACUCAAGGGCCGUCCGUUACCGAGCUUCUCUUCAGGGGCGUCUGGCUGUGUGCGACGACGGUGAGACGGUAUAACAAGAUUUAUUGUGCUUUUUAUUGUUAACUUAAAUAUCAGCUGCACAUUGGUGUAUCGUCAGUACAAGGGAGUGCCGUUACCUCUCCGAUGAAAUAUUUUGACGCUCACUUUUAGUUUUCUCGGAUAUUCUUUCACAAAGUAUAGUCCACCAAUUCUUUAUUUAACGAUCGCCUUUUUACUGUCAUUUGUAAUGUUUAUGCCACACUCGGCUGCCCAGUGUUACAAAACCACCUUUUGUGUGUUUGGUGCCAGGAACAGACUCCAGGGAUCCAUCGCUUGUGCCCUUCACGUCAAGAUCCCAUCUCUAAUGUUGUUCCUCCAAAUAAAACGCCAUUUUUUAAAUUUUGGUACCUAAUGGAUUUCAUCAACGUCAUUUAAUAUACCGCAUCCGUUCUCUCACAAUGCCCCAUAUUCAUGAACAUGCCUUUAAACCUGGAAAUGGCUAAAUCCCUCCAACGAUCCCGUUUUACUCGACUCUCCUUUGUUGUUUUAAAGGUAUUCAAUAGAGCCAUGUUGGUAACUCUAACAUGGCGGCAACAACUUCCGACAUCAUCUUCUCUCUCUCUCCAGCUCCUUUGUCAUGUGAAGAAGCAUCACAACCACAAACAAGCUGAGACUUUACAUCCAUGACGUUUGACGUCAACCCUUACUAUAAUUCCUCUUUCUCCCUCCUGCGUUGCUUCCCUUUGUCCGCCAGGCGGCGCUGUUUCCCUGUCAUCACAGCAGCACCCUGUUGCAGAGCUCAACACCUCAUGCACACCAUAAUGGAUGUAUUGAACAUGCACUUAAUACCCAACUGUGAGGGCGGGAAUCUUCAGAGAUACUUUGAUCCAGUGUGUGUGACGUCAUCGGAGGGAAAUAAUACACUCUGGAUGUUGUUAUUGUUGUGUUUUUAUUAUGAUGCUGGUUUCUUAGACGUUUAGCUUUCUGGGUGAAGAUGGACGCUCAGACCGUGAGACACAAUCACCUGGCCUUGGAGGCAAAUCCUGUGAGAACCCCCUUGACUCCUCCCCUUUGUACUUUAAAAAAACUGUGUUCGUACAUACAAUUGUGGAGUAUUAUCAUCUUUGUUUAAAAAUAAAUUUUCUAAAUUUA